AUGACUUUGUGCUCGGUUUUUGGUUGUGCGUCGAAUAACGAUCGUAAACGUAAAACAGUUUAUAAUGAUAAUAACUUGCAUUUUUACACUUUUCCAAAACGCGAUAAAUCACCAUUACGACAUCGAAAAUGGGAGCAUUUUUGUAAAAGAAAAAAUUUUAAGCCUAGUGCUGGGUCGGUUAUUUGUUCUAAACAUUUUAUUCCGCUUUAUUUUAAUCAAUCAGAUGUUUUAAAAAAACAACUUAUGCCAGAAUCCAAGUGCAUUGUAAGAUUAAAUCCCGACGCUGUACCUAGUAUUCAAACUGGUAUAAGCAAUUCAAAAAAAUCUGUAAAUCCCAGGCAAGAAUCACUGCAUAUUAUGAAAAAACGCCAAAUAGAAAUAAUUGAUGAUUUAAUAAAAACUAGUACACCGAAGAAAAAAAUGGUAACAAAGUCGUCGUUUUUUGAAGAAAUUGACGAUGUUUCAACUAUUGAGGAGCCAGAUGUCAAUAAUAAAAUUCAAAAAACAAGUGAAAUAGGAAUACAGUGUGAAUUGGGAAACGAAAAUUUGAUCAGAAUAAUUAAUUAUGAAAAAAAAAUGACUUAUCGUUUGAAAUAG